UAGUUCAUGCCAAAGAAGCGUUAGCAGAUUUAUGGGAAGUAGAAGAUAAACAAUUACCCAAUUUUUUGGCUAUUGAAGAAAAAUUGACCAAAGUGGAUGAAACCUUACAAUCAUUGCUUAAAGAUUCUACUUCAAGUUUUGGAGGAACAUAUUUAGAUGUAAAAAAGAACAAAGUAUUUGUCAAUACAGUGGACAUUACUGCAAUAAAUAAAAUAAAAAAUUCACCAAAGUUUAGUCAAAAUGAUUUCUUAAAUUUUAUAGAGUUUAUAAAAGCACCAGCAAACAAUUCCAUGGAUAUUUUAACAUCCAAGUUAAAAAAAAUAGUCGAAUUGAUUAAAAAAUAUAGACCAAUUAAUAUUCAAUGUUACAUUGAUAUGACACAUAAUAAUGUAGUAAUACGUUUUAAAACAGAUAAUAAUGCAAAAAAUUCAAGGUUUAUAAACGAAGCUAGCCAAUAUGACGUAAUGUUUAUUCAACCAAAUGCUUCCCCACACCCUAGAUGCCAAGUGCAAAGAAAAAGCCCAAGUUUUAUCAUAAAUGGAAACCCUACGGGUCUUAUUAAAAGUGCUCAACAAACAUUUCGUAUUAGGCCAUGGGAUACUGAUUAUGUUACAACUUUACUUGGAAAAAUAAUAGAACCUGUUGAUACAACUCACGAUUUUAGUUAUAUCGAGUUAAUAG